AAAAUGUGUAGUUCGAGCGCGGCUCAUACACUCGACACACACCGCAUCAUGCACGCGUACCUCGCGCUCGUCAUCGCGCUCGCGGCGCCCGCACUCGCUGCGCCCGCGCCCGCCCGCCUCGGCUACGAGCGGGAAAUCGACUCCACCAGGUACAACCUGGUGCCCAAACCCCUGGACUCCUACGUACUCAACCAAGCGUAUCUAGCCUCGCAGAAAAACAGAGCGAAACUCAUCACCAGGCAGAGGCCCGAUGACGCCAUUGUGGCAGAUAAUGUGAAAUUAGAAUCAAAUAUGAUAAGUAUAGUGUCUACAGGGAAAAAAAACGUGAACAGCCAAGUGAGUGAUGGGAGGAUCCGACGGCGGCGAGGAUACAACCUGGAGAACGUGAGAGUCCCGGCGCGAUACCCGUACCUCCCCGUGCCAAACUACACGAGAUUCCGGCGCUGGGGCUAGUGGCCGCUCGCCGCCCCGGUGCGCGUCUCCAGCAAAUGUCAAGGCUGCGCGCUACCACGGGAGGACGAGCCCCGCAUCCCCCUGACGUGCGCGUGCCAAGCUCAGACUGUACUUAAGUUUUAUGUUAUUUAUAUGAAGUGGCUGUGAUCGAACGCUCAAGUGAUGCCGUUACCCGAACGGAUUGGAGGCAACGAUUGACAGAGUAAAUAGAUUUAAUCUAGUUAUUGCACUAUGAUAGUGUAAUCAAAAGUUUUGUAUUAGGUAAUAUUAGAUAAUACACGAUAAUAUUUAA